AGCCUAUACUGCUUAGCUACAAAAAUAACCAAUGACAGUGUCCAUUUCAUCCGGCUGGCCUGCCUUGCCCUGCCACUCGACACCCUAUGGUUAUUCCAAUGUGAGCUAGCUAGCUGUGUUGCUGCUCAGUUUGGCCACACCGACUUGUGCGUCUAUUUUGGUAACUUCUGAGCUGGCUAUCAGGACCCUGACCACACCAGUACAUUUGAACAUGGAUCCGAGGUCUUGACACAGGUGUUUCCGCACUGGAUUCUACUCUGAGGAUUUGCCUUGGAUACCACAGUGAAGAUUGGACGGUUACCAUCAGCAUGAAAGACUCAUCACCAAGAAAGUUUGCAUAUCCCACCACUACCCCAAUGUCAACCUGAGCUGGACGAAAACCAAAGGAUCUACAGAGCUGCAGCAGCCGUAGGGGACGCAGGACAGGGGAUGCACGAGACAGAAGGACGGUUGCUGGCAUCAUGACCUGUGUGGACAAGCGACACAUGAGCCACCGGAUGGGGAGCAUGCUCCACCAUCGCUUCCCCAACGGCUUCACUGACUUGUUCAUGGACGAGACCGAUCGUGAGGUCAGCACUCUCACCGAUCGGGCCUUCCGGAGUCUCUGCGUCGGAGAUGACGCGGUUUACAAUGACGAGUUGUUGUACGGAUUGUCGCCCUUCAGCUGCCACAAACCGUUGGUGGGGGAUCCUCAUAAAAAGAGUCAUCAAAAGGAACCUAAAAAGCAGGGGCAAAACAAAACUGCCCAGCCAUGGAAACAGCAGCAACAGAAGAACAUAUCCAACAUGUCGUCUUUCCUCAAGGCAUUAAGUGCAACAGAGGGAAGCUGUGAUGGGAUGUUGAUUAAAAAUGGAGGUUUGACGGACUCUAAGGGGGAAUCAUGGGACAAGUCUGCACUUCGCAGCAUACAGAGAGAGUUAUCUGAAUUCUCCUCGGAUUAUCACGCCAAUCUUCCAGAUGGACAUUACAAGAAGCAUCAGUCUGGGGACGGAUCGUCUAACAAAACAGGCAAGGAUGCUAGCCUUUCCUCAAAGGGCAAAAAUGGGAAGUCUACCGUCAAAAUCAGGAAACUUAACAUCAAGAACUUUUUCCUCCACAGCGAGUUUAGCCCUUUUCAAGCAUGGACGGAUUUUAAUCAGUUCCCGUUUGGACAAGAGGACGCCUCUAUCCUCCCCACAGACAAUAUCCCUAAGUGGUACGACUUGUCUUUUUACAAGGAGCUGACAGAGGCCCACAGAAAAGAGACUCUGCAUGAAGAGGAGGUGCAGAUACACCAUACAGCAGCCCCUCCUCCCACUGCCCCAAAACCCAUCCCCCCCCCUCCUCCACCAAAGGUCCUGCCAAAGCCAACAGCCACUCCUGCUGGGAAGAGGUGCUCCUCAGAAGGAGGGGAGGGAUGUACUGCCCCCUGGAGGCGCAACAGGUCCAGGGCAACAAGUGUGAUUCAAGGCAAUCAGCUUGGGAUGCCCAUCCAGGAGAACAGUUUAAAGACAUUGGAGGAAAGUCUUUGGUUGGCCAAAAAGGAAACUAGAUCUGUGGAGGUGAAAGCAAUUGAGGAAGUCAGCUCUUUGGCGUCGACUCCGUUCAGCAUCUGCCAGCUGAUGACUCCCCUUAUUCCCUCCAGACAAGCUACAGAAACAUCAGAAAUCCUGUCGCCCUCUGCACUAGACCUCCCACUGAGACCGCACUCUGAGGUCAAAAUGACCCCUGAACCUCCGGUCAAACGGGACAGCUACAAAUCACUCGCCUCUAGUAUCCUCUUCAACCUCAAAGACAACAGGAAAAGGGUGAAAAGCCGUUACAGCCCUCCUAAAUUCAAAACACUAGAAGUGCCUGAGAGCACCCAAUCCCCACACUCAGAUAAUCUGAAAUAUCCACAGGCUAGCUCUGAGGGUUAUGCAUCAGGCUUAAGCACUCCUGCCAUUUUAAAAGAUGGACUGACAGUCUGCACUCCCGCUUUGGACUCUAACAGCACCCCGAUUGUUGGUCACACUAAGCAGGAUACAGAUGGACCUCUUUCAGAUGAUUAUUUGUUAGCAAAUCUACUGCAAACCAAAAAGGAUGCGGCAGGUGGUCUCGGUGAGGAUAACCCUAUAUCCCCCUUUAUACAAUCCAAAAAGAGUCCCAAAGCUAAAAAGCAAAACUAUCCGUCUCUGAAUUUGUACAAGAAAGCCAACCCUAUUGACAGUGAUAUGAAAUAUCUUGUAGUCCCUCCCAGCCCCGGUGCUCCCCUUCACAUAGACAAACCAAGUGAGACAAAUCACCUUUCACCACUCUCUCAGAGUUCAGAGCUCUCUCCAAAAGCACUGCCAGCAAACACAGGCCUUUCACCAAAUACUUUAAAUGUCAACAGAGAUCGUUCACCUAAAGUUUCACCUCUUGCACUUGAGAAAGAGCGGUUGUCAUCAAAUCUAGGAAAAAGAGAAUCAAAUGUUCCAGAAAAAGCACGACGGUCUGCACAAGACAUUAAAGAAAGCUCCAAAGAAAAGGCUUCUAGUAGCCAACACAUGAGCACAAAGGAUGUGAUCAGAGCAGCAAGGGAAGCAAUUAAUGCAGCUAAAAAUAAAGCCCUGUCUGCAGCUCAGUCGGAUAGCAUCAGCAAGCCUGUUUCAGACGUAGAAGAACUGAGGGACAUGGAUAGGAGGGAGGGUUCAGCACCAGAAAACACCAAUGUUUUAUCUCAAAGUAGAAAUGAAGCGACACCAAGUAUUGUUAAGAAAGAGCCGCCACCAGUUCCAAAGAGAAACUUUGCUAAGUCUGAUAUUCAACUGUCUCUCGUCAACCAGCUAACAUAUACCGUAGACCAGCUCACUAAUGGAGAUUCAGGUGAUGCAACGUUAGAUUUAGCUCUGAACGAAAAGGAGACAAUCGAGAAACAGCGUAAACCCAAACAUGUAUUCUCAGCCAGACAGAACAACUACAUCAAAAAUCAAAGAUAUGCAGUGACUGAUGAAGAGCAAGGAGAGGAAUGUGAGGAAAGCAAUCUGAAAGUGAACAAUGGGAGGGAAGCGGAUGAGAAAACCAUUUCACCCAGAGAAACGAGAGACAGGGAGCAUAUAAUCAGUGAUUUGCAUGCUUUGAAAGAGCUGGGGAAAGUGAGGCUUGGCGAUCGUGUUCUGGAGAACGCAAAGAAGAAAUUAAGUGCCUUUAAAUUAGACGAGGAGACGAAGACUAAGAAUGAUUUGAUCUCGAGGGAGCUAAGGAAUAUUAAGAAGGGUAUGCUGUCUAUGAGAGGUAACACGAUGUCUAAGAGGGAGAUAUUUUUACAGAAAGAGAAGGAUCAGAGCAGGGAAGAGACGUUCUCAAAGAUCGACAACAACGUCAAAGUAAACAAAGCACUUAUAAACGACAACUACGACAAAGCAAAAAUGGCACUAGAGGAGAUUAUUUCAGACAGGCAGAAGAGAAAAUAUAGACCUACAGAACAAGAUGCAAAUCCAAUGUUUGAUGAGGACGCUGAGGAAAGCUAUGCAACAAGGGCAGAGCUACGUAAAAAAAGCAAUGAACGAAUCUACGACAGAGGUGACGGAAAAACAAGACGGCAGCACUGUUGA